GAUCAGGACACCUCCUCCGGCAGAAUCGGCAGCGGCUCCUUCCCGGCGCCACACCUCGGAGGUCUGCGCUGCUCGGCGCUUCCUCCCCCCUCGCGUCCUUCCUCCGGCUUUCAGGAUUUGCGCCGCUCGGGUCCGAGGGCUCUGGAGCGUCCUCUUACCUUUGUGCACAUGUCUUAUCCGUUCAUGUGCAAAGCAGGAUGAUGACGCCAUCAACGGGUGCCAGACACGGAAUCUUCCACCCUCCUUUGCCAUGCUCGCCCAUGCCAUCAACUUGUGCCAGACACAGACUCCACAUCAGCUUGUGCCAGACACGGAGCACCCUCCUUUGCCACAUAAUAGUCAUCGAGCGCUCUAUGGAAGCAUCCAAUCUCGCUGUUCUACCAACUUCACCGGAACACCGACCACCAGUGCUCCACCUCAGAUAGAUCCGCUUAUGGAUUUAAGUUUUCAUUCACCAACUUCAAAUACUCAAUUACCCGGAGAUGAGGAUCAUUCUGCAGCUCAUGUCCUUAUCAAACGUGCUUCUCCUUUAAACGAUAGCUUGGUCUCCGUGCAUGCUAUCCGAUUAUCCGAAGCAAAACUAAUCCUUUGCACCCCAGCGAUGGAUAAAGACGUGGAGCCGGGUCUGUUUUCCUGGGGACAACCAAUCCUUGAGGAGGCCGAAAGAUUUGAGGGAAGUCGCACACAACGUGUGAUCAUUUCCACCGUCCAAAUGAAUUGUUAUAUUCAAUAAAUUUGAGGCUGCCUUGAAGCCUCCACCAAGAGUAAAAAGGUAAAAAGUCCCACAUUACUUCAGAGGUUCAUAGACCUUCAGUCAACAUGCAUAUUUGUCUACUGUUAUUUAGCUCCGAGGUAGAUUUCCAUUUCUUGGAGGUUCGAAUGAAUCAGACAUUUCAAUUAUCAUCUUAUUUUAUAUUGUGGUGCAGUAUAUAACUCUAGAUGAUGACAACAGUAAAAAUAAUUUGUUUGUGUUGUUGAAGAUCAGCUUGAUUUUUUGACAGGCGCAAUUUUGGACUUAAUCGGCAGAAGCAAUUGUAUUGACCUGCUACUUGAUUACUUAAUUAACUAGGUUCAGAUAGGUGAAUUUCUUGUUUACCAAUAAGGACAAUUCAUGUUUUUAUGUAUGUACCAAGCUGGGAUUGCUAUAUAUUAUUUGUGUUGUCCAACAUACUACACAUUUCUUCAACCUUGCUUUGCGAGAGGUAUCAUUUACUUAUUGAUAUGUUUGAAAAGUUUUUUUCUGUAGUUGUUUCCGGCAUAAUCUUCUACAAGUGAAAUCAUAUUGUUCUGUUAAUUAAUAUUUUCGUUUGAUUAUGAGGAUUGAGGCGUGAUUUUCAUGAUCCAGGACUCCAAUUUGAUGUUUGUGUUGAUCCAUCCUCUUAUUUCUACCUAGGUAAGCUAGAUGACUGCUAGCACUAAAUUUACAUUAGAUCAUUUUUUCUUAUGUCGACAUAUAUAGCUAAUCUCAGUUGCCCUAUGUUUUUUUGCUGCCAUGGUAGGCCAAAUUUUAAUUUUAGGUUGUAUUGUGCUAUGGUUUUCAUUGUCCUCAGCUAAUGGGGUGGUUUGCAAUAGUGGCAUGUUCAGUUUCCACCAUAUAACUAAACUAUAUUAAUAUACAUCGGAAUGAAUUUACCACUGUUUCAUUACCAGCUCUUUCUCUGUGUAUCAACUCUAUUGGAUCCUACCAAAUCUUUGUAAAUCAGGCAAUCCAACAUGAAAGGAUAAACUUCAGGAUUUACCGAGGGAGAGAGUACCAUCCAAAUUUUGUUGCCACGAUAGGCCAAAUUGUAUUGUACUACAGAUUUUCAUCUUCCUGUUCAUUGUCCACUGUAUAACUGAAGUAUAUUCAUGUAUAGCCGUGUAAUUUUACAACUGUUUGUUACUAGCUCUUUAUAUGUUCACUCUAUCGGAUUCCUCAAGAUCUAUGUAAAUCAAGGAAUCCAGUAUGAAACAGUAAAAUUCAUGAUUGACCAAGGGAAAAGAGUGGUGUACG